GUCUGCUUCAACGGAGGCUCUAGGGUUUUUCUUCCUCACCUUAAAAUUCUCUACACAUUGAUUUCCGGCAUCAUGAAGAACUAAAGGGGAUGGAACUAAUUAUUUCGUCACAGGAGGUUAAUGUAUGUCAGACCUGUGGUGAUGAAGGAUACACCAAUGCUUUUGUUUAUUGCGUCAAGUGUCUGGACUUUGUCAUUCAUAGAUACUGCUUAAAUGUAAUGCCGACGACAUUCAAUGAGCGUGUCCUUUGGUACUGUGAACACUGCAAACCAACAGUUGGAAAUCAGGUUACUUCACCCGAAGUUAGAUCUUCACGAUCCCAGAAAGAGGAAGCUGCAAGUUCAGGACAGGUAAAAUCAACCAAUCAUAAGAAGAAACAAAAGGAAAGGGAUAUUGCUUCUAUAAUAGCAGGGACAGUGGUCGUUAAUUGUCAGGAAAGCACUACAGAGCCUGAGGCUGAGUGCAUCCUACCAACAGAUUCUCUGAAAGAAGCAUCGAUGAAAUUGAACUCGAGACAUAAACGGAUCACUUCUUCAAAGCCUGGAAAAAGGAAAAAGAUUGCAGCUCGAUUGGAUGCUAAGAAAAAGGAACAUAAGCUUCGAAGUGGCCUGAAAACUGAAACUCAAAAGGCUUGUACAAAGAUGGCAGAUUCAGUUAAGCAUUCUAAGAAUCGUAUUCAUCAUACAGCAAGCAAUUUGAAGAAUAACAAAGGUGUGGUUGACUCUUUAGAUGAACAAACACAUGAAUCUCGACCGUCCCAGCCACCUCGUGGCCAUAAGAAGCUAAGUUCUGAUUCCCCGUCCAUGAAAGAGGAGUCGGAUAAAACUACCAACCAUGAAUGCCAAGCGGAAAAAGCAAACAAGCUGCAGACAAAGCAAGACAUUGUUUUUAAUCUUUCUCAAUCAGCAGAUUUUGAAAAUAACGUACCUUGUGGACAACCAAUCAUUGAUCCAGUAUGGAGGGGGAGCUUUAGUAUUCUUGACAGAGAUUAUGAUCUAUUUGAAGGUUUUGUUGCCCAUUUAUCAACCAAAGCUUGUGAUAAGGUUUAUAAAGAAGCAAAUAUGCUGCCAUCAUUGCUUCAACUAGAAAUGCACCCCAAGACUGUUCUGUGGCCAAAGAGUUUCCAGGAGUGUGAGCCAUCUGAUGUUAAUAUAGCCCUCUACUUUUUUCCAGGAGACCAAAUAAAUGAAAAGGACUUUGAUCACUUGGUCAUAGACAUGAUGGAUAAAGGUCUUGCAAUGAGAGCCAUGGCCACAAAUGCAGAGUUAUUGAUUUUCACUUCUAGAGUUCUGCCUCAGCUUUUCUCGAGAUUUCAAGGGAAGUACUAUCUAUGGGGGGUUUUUAAAGCCAAAAAGAACGGAUCUAGUUCGGUGGCAAGUCAUAAUCUUUCAGUUGUGAAUAACAGCGAUAAACAUGAUCUGACAAAAGGCUCUCCAAAUGAAGUGUUCGAUGUAAAAGCAGUCCUGACGAAGGUGAAAACGUUGGAUUCUCACAGUCCUCGAAGUCCUUUUAGCAAUAAUGGUGAGAAUGGUGUUGAUAUGGAUCCAGAAUCUGGAGAUUGAACAGUCUUAAGAGUUUGGCAAAUGGUUGGAGGAAAUGAUGAAAAAUGUAGUUAUUGAAACCAAGAUCCCUGAUGCUGUCAACAAGAACUAUAUGACUGUAAGUUUCUUGUACAGGUUUUUCUAACUAAUAACCAAUCAUCUGUUGCUUUACUGUUCUUUAUUCUCAAGUUUGAUUAAAGUUCAUAGCAUACCAUCCGAGGUUGUAACAUUUUAACGGUAAUCCCAGAAUAGGGGUAGGUUCUUGAGAACAGCCUGUCCAUUGUGAACCGGGGAACCACCUAGAGUUUGCCACACAUUCAUCAUGAAUGUUGUAACAAAUUAACAUCUAUUAUUCAUGAUGAAUAGGCCCAUAUGACACGCUCUCAAUGGUUCCCCGCUUCUUAAUGGAAAUGAAGUUAUCAACCGAGCUUUCCUCUACU